AUGGCUAGAUAUUACCACGGUCGCAUCACGCGCGAGGAGGCCGUUGACCGUUUGCUCAAGGAAGGUGUGGAUGGCAGCUUUCUCCUGCGCAUGAGCACCACCCAGGAUGGUGUGUACACCCUAUCACUCAUGCAGGGAGAAUCGGUCCGCCAUAUUCGCAUCGUCAACACCAUCGAUGGUGGCUAUGCCAUAUCAGCAGGUGAUCCGGGUGUAGACAGCGUGUGGCAACUGGUCGAAACCCAGAUGCACAACACGCUGACAUCGGCUUACGAUCGCUCAGACCAAGUUGCGCUGCGGUAUCCACUCAAGGCCAACGGUGACGUGAUUGCCCCCGAUCUUCUCAUGUCAGCUGGAGAAGCCGGCAUUGAUGCCGCUGACUUUGGCGAUGAUGUUGCCGCGUUCCUUGAGGGUGGCGUGGAUGCCAAGGCCUUGGCUCGCCAGCGCUCGGUCAAGAUGUCCGUGCGACGCCCCAAAGACCUCAAGGUGGCCUCGCAUGAUGAUCCUUUUGCUGGUCUCGAGUUGCCUUCCGACUUUGACCCAGACAACCUGCCCGAGAACUACAUCGUGCCCGAAGACUAG